GACUGCGCCUAUAAAAGCAGCUAUCCAUCCAAAUCCCAGCAUUAGUUUCAGCUGCCAGCUUCAGCCGUGCGUUCAACCAACAACAAGAAGACAUGCGUGGAUUUAUUUUGAUUUGCCUCUGGGCAGCCGUCUGCAGUGCCGAUAAGCUGGGCUACAACUAUCAGCCAGUAGCCCAUGCGGAUGAGGGCCUGUCCUUUGUGCCCGGCAAUGGAUUUCUGCCAGUUGAGGUUGCACCUGUCGCACAGCAACAGCAACAACAACAGCAUGGCGAGGCUCAGCUCUCGCUGCCGAUUGAAGCUCCAGCUCAGAGUGCCAUCAUACCACAGGCGGCGCCACUCAUCGAGGAGUUCCAGAAAGAGUUCUACACGUAUGCCGCGCCUGAGGAGCAGUUCGAUGAGGGUGUCAACAAUCAGCAAAUUGCCGAUUCGUUAAAGAAGAACCUGCGCAUUGUGUUCAUUCGCACACCCGAGAAUCGCGGCUUCGAACGUGCCGCCCUGCAGCUGGCCAAGCAGUCGGCCCAGCAGGAGACGGCCAUUUAUGUGCUGAGCAAGCAAGCGGAUGUGGCCAACCUGGCCAAACAGUUGAACGCGCUCAAGUCGAGCUCAACCAAUAAGCCCGAGGUUCACUUUGUUAAAUAUCGCACACCCCAAGAUGCGGCCAACGCCCAGCUCGCCAUUCAGAAUCAAUAUAAUCAGCUGCCCGGCGUCUCUCGCAUCUCUAACGAGGGCAGCGCUCCAGUAUUGAACUUUGCAUCCCAGACGCCAGCUGCUCCCGCCAGCGUGACCCAUUCGUCCUUGACACCUGGACAGGAUUAUCUGCCGCCUGCGUUGCGUCGCUUUCGCGUCAAGUAAGCGCUGAUUGCGCCUGUACGACGGUAACCAUUCCUAUUUGAUCAACUACUCUCACAUCUGUCCUCUCACCAUAUCAUUGAGUUAACUAGUUUGUAAAUAGUAUAUCUAUGCAGGAAUAAAAUUUGUUAGCUGACAAA